AUGGAUCCCCAACCGGCGCAACAGCCCGUCGAGGCCACUCCAAAUGGCCAUGAAGCUCCAGGACCGGUCGCGCUCACCAAGACUCGUACUGAGAGCUUCUCCGCGAAGUCGGAAAACUCUCAGACUGCCGCAGACUUCAUCCGCGACCAAAUGCAACUAGAGGCCGACGCGCGCGAAGCUCUUCCAUACAGCAUCGAAACCUGCACCAAGCCUCUCGGUCCCCUCCGCCAGGCCGUCUUCUCCUGUCUGACCUGCAACCCACCACCCGCCGACCCGAAAGCGCCCUACAACGCGGCCGGCAUCUGCUACUCCUGCUCCGUCCAGUGUCACGGCGAGCACACUCUUGUCGAGAUCUUCGCCAAGCGCAACUUUACCUGCGACUGCGGUACCACACGCUUCCCACCCACGAGCCCGUGCAACCUGCGCAUCAAUGAGGAGACGGGCACCAAGGGCGACGUGCACUCGGAGGAACCAGAUGCCAACAACAAGUACAACCAUAACUUCCGGAAUCGGUUCUGCGGCUGCGAGUGCGAUUAUGACCCGUUUGAGCAGAAGGGGACCAUGUUUCAAUGUCUGGGACUAGGUACGGCAGAAACAGGCGGUUGUGGAGAGGAUUGGUACCAUCCUGGGUGCAUCGUGGGUUUGGGUCCAGAUUGGUUUGAGAAGAUGGACAUCAAGGAUAAGCCCAAGUCUGCGGCGCUGAAGAUGGAGAUCAAGACCGAAAAUGGGUCCUUACCUACAAUCGCGGAAGACGAGACAACAGAACAGAACGGCGCCCUUGUUGAAGAGGCAGAGGAAGAAGACGAAGACGACGAUCCACCUCCACCGCCUGGCUUCCCUGCCGAUGACGACUUUGAGGGAUUCAUCUGCUACAAGUGCGUCGAGGCGUACCCCUGGAUCAAGAGAUAUGCGGGUACUGAAGGAUUCCUACCGCCUGUCUAUCUGAAGAAGGAGGAGGAGCAAACCACUAGUACCACCUCGGAACUCGAAGUCAACGGCGAUUCCUCAUCCAAGAAGCGCAAAGCAUCUGACGACGAUAACGAAGACAUCGAGGAAUCCCAAGAAAAGAAGCCCAAAACCGAUGAAACCGUCCAGUCAACGACUACCGCCAUCACUACAACCGAGUCCCUCACAACCAACGGCUCUUCCACCACCACCACCAUCAACACAACAACCCUCACCACCAUAGACUCCUCCUCCUCCACCACAACCCCCCACCCCAACCCCAACCCCAAACCCUGCCUCCUCUCCUCCCUCCCCCCACCACCUUCCCCCUCCCAAAAGUCCCCCUUCUCCCUCUUCUUCACCACCCCCUCCUUCCGUUCCCUCCUCUGCCACUGCCCCCAAUGCUUCCCUCUCCUCAUCCCACACCCCCACCUCCUCGAAGAAGAAGACACCUACGAACCCCCCGUUUCCGAAACAACCUCCCCCUCCCAUUCUCUACACGGCGGAAGCAGCAGCAAGGGGUCGGGAUCGGUUCUCGAAAGAGGCGAGUCGGCCUUACGGAAUAUCGAUCGGGUGCGAGCCAUUGAGGGCGUCAUGGCGUAUAACCACCUCAAAGAUAAGUUGAAGCCGUUUUUCAGAGAGUUUGCUGAGAGUGGGAGGGCGGUUAGUGCGGAGGAUAUCAAGGCGUAUUUUGCAAAGUUGAGGGGGGAUGAGGAGGUUAGAAUGGGUGGUCAAGGAGAGAUGCAAGUGGAAGAAGAGGAGGGGGUGGGUGGUGAUGGGAGGAAGGAGCAGGAUGGGUAUUGAUUAGGAUUUUGAUGGAGUUUUUAAGUAAUAUGUAAUGGUCGGAUGGUGGUUGAUUGAUUUAUUGACUGAUUU